AUGAUGAAAAAUCUGAAAAAAUUGAUUGAUGCUAUCUUUCCAUCAUUACAAUCAAAUUCAUCAUCAGCUGAAUACAUGACACAACUUGCUAUUCUUUCAACAAGGAAUGAGUAUGUUGAUGGACUUAAUGAAAAAUUAAUUGCAUUAUUUCCUGGUGAAGCUAAAAUAUUCUUUAGCUUUGAUGAAGCAGUAGAUGACACAAAUAAUUAUUACCAAGAAGAGUUCUUAAACACCUUAAUGCCGAAUGGACUCCCGCCUCACAAAUUGAUUCUUAAAAGAAAUUGUCCGAUCAUGCUGUUACGUAAUCUUGAUCCAUCUAAUGGAAUGUGCAAUGGCACACGAAUGAUCUAUAGAGGAUAUGAAUAUAAUGUUAUCUAUGCUAAAAUCACAAUUGGUCAACAUUCUGGUCAAAAUGUCAUGAUUCCUAGAAUACCAUUAUCUCCAGCUGAAAAUGAGGGUUAUCCAUUCCAAUUUCGUAGAAAACAAUUUCCAAUCCGACUAUGUUUUGCAAUGACAAUAAACAAAGCGCAGGGACAAACAAUACCUUAUGUUGGAGUUUAUUUGCCACACCAUGUAUUCUCACAUGGUCAAUUAUAUGUUGCAUUAUCAAGGGGGAUAUCAAUGAGAACAACUAAGAUUUACACUUACCAACACUGGAAACGUGUUGUCAACAAGUCUUAUCUCAUGGUUUUGGUAUUGACUGAUCCAGAGUCAGAAAUGUGA